CCUUAUGCAUUGGCGUAUUAUGAAUCAAACCAGCCAUGAAACCAGCCUACUCUGACGGUCUCUGUCCCACGCGCGCGGAACCCUCGGCCCGUCUCACUCGCGCCACAACUUCACCGCAACGUGAAUGAGCGACUUUACAAUACACAAACCCAGUCGCGUUGGAAACGUCGCUUUGACCGUUUGUUUUCUAGUUCGGACAACGCGCGCCCGCCUUUGACGUUUCUGACAGGCCGAGCGGUGCGUCUUCUGUGGUUGACGCGAGACGGGGCCUAACUUCAGGGCAGUGCGUGCCUGACUUCGUGCCGCCAGGCGUACUUGUGGUUGUUUGUGUGGGUGAAUCAUAGAGGAGACGAGGUUUUGGAGGAUUUUCUGCAUUGUUUGAAGAAGAACCCCUCAUAGCCACCUAUACGACCAGACUCGCCACCACCAUACCACCAGCCUCUCCGCGCAAGGAUCCUCCUUCCUAUAUCAACCCAUAUGCAUCUUCCGGCUUCCCUAUCGACCUGCAACGUUUCAGAAGAAGCGUGGCCCAAGAGUACAAUGUGCGACCCCUCCUCAGGGUACUCCAACCAGGAGCUGUGGUGGACCCAGCACUUGGUCAACGAUAUCCAGGCUGAAUUUCCUGGCGAGAAACUGGUUAAAACUGGAAGUCCAUAUUUCAUGUGUUCGUUUUUGCCGCCUCAUUGGCGCUCUAACAAGACUCUACCGAUGGCCUUCAAGGUCGUGGCCUUAGUUGAUGUGGGAGAUGGGACCUUAGUGACAGUUAGGGCCGGUAAUGAUGAAAACUGUUCCGCGGAGUUGAGGAAUGCUACGGCCAUCAUGAAGAACCAGGUGGCUAAGUUCAAUGAUUUGAGGUUCGUUGGGAGAAGUGGUAGAGGGAAGUCCUUCUCAAUAACAAUCACAGUAUCAACAAACCCUCCUCAAGUAGCAACGUACAACAAGGCUAUCAAAGUAACAGUAGAUGGUCCAAGAGAGCCAAGAUCAAAGACUGGUGCCCACAAUACCUCAUAUAGGGCGGUCGGCAUGAGUCAAAGGCCUUUCUUAGACACCCCUUUUACGUCACAAUUACGGGACCUCGAAUCUUACAAAAAACGCGGCAGUUCCCAUAGUGAUGGAUCUCACAAUUACAAACAAGAACCUCAAGAUCAUUCCAGUAUAUCCAAUGGAACACCUCCUCACCUAGCAAACACUUGGGCAGAAUAUCCACCUCAAUAUACACCAUAUAGUCAGGGUGGUUACUAUGAUACCCACCAAGAUAUUCACCCAGUAUCUGGGCAUCUACCAACAGUUCUACCAGAGGUACCUCACAACGAAUACAUCUCAACAUCCCUAACAUCACCAAUGAUAUCACCAACACCGAUGUACAACAGUCCAAAACAAGAACUUGACGCCAUCAUGCCUGCAAACACCAGAUACUCGGACAAUUCCUACUGUCCCAACAAUUGGGUUGCACCCAACGCCACCUACCCUCAAAAUUACAACUACAAUCCCCCCACCUCCAAUCAGCAGUACCCUCCACCCCCUCCAGUGGUGGCAAUCUACCCCCACCUCUACUCCACCGUGAACCAAAACCAAAUACACGUCCAUCUGCACGGUAGCACAGAGAACAUCGACAAGUUCUUCACCACAGAAAUCAUGGCUGGAUCGACACCAAGAGCAAUAGAGUUACCACCUGUAGUGUCGACAGACAUAGUGCCGCCACCUAUUAGCGAUAAUCUGCAAGACAGUGAGAGGGAGCAGCCUGAUGUGUGGAGACCCUACUGAUUCACCAUCGACAGUGAUCCGUGUUGACUUUUAUCUGUACAUACCUUUAUUUUUUUAAAUGUAAUACAGACUGAAAAUUUGUGAUUGGAGUUGUUUGUGCUAGUUAGGACGUUGUGCCAACUUCAUCAUGCAUUCAACGACACUAGAACGUUACUGCAAGAUAUUCGUGGGACUUGAAUAGAGCCAUGGGUUAUUCCUUUGAAAGAAUUCAUCGUUAUUUAUAUUAAGACCAUUCCAUUUCAUAUAGUCCUUUUAGACUAUAUGGAAACUGAUCAAUUUCUGUACUUAUUUUCUGAGAAUUAAUUAUUGUUUAGCAACUUUUUUGCUUGGAUAUUUAUUAUAUUUUCCUACUAUGUCAAUUUGUGAAAUGUUGAUGAUUCGUCUAGUUCUUAAAUGAUGUGUUAUUGUGUAUUUUAGGAAGGACGGAGAAAUACAUAUCAAAUCAAAUGUGAUCAGAUGUUUCGAUUGUAAUUUAGAAAUGUUUAUAUUUUGGCGAGUCGAAUAAAUGAGAUCUGAAUGUUUUUGAUAAAAACUUA